AUGCUUGUAAUCGCUGUCCUAGCGCGCGUCGAGGGUCUCGACAACACGGAAACCACUUUCCAGACCGCCAGUCGGGCUAACUCCAACUGCACGAUUGCUAAGGGUGGCGAGAGUCACAGCAAUAAGAAGGGUGGCAACACCGAUACCGCCGACAAAGACGAAGAGAGUGCAACAUUUCCCAACAUGUAUUCUCUAUUCAAAAAGACAAAUCCCGCAUUGGCAAAGUCAUUGACAAAGAAUACCCGUGCCAUCGCACAGGUCCAGUCCAUGAAAAAGAACACGGCCUUCGUCAAUAGCAUCAAAAACGAUCAUGUUCUAAAGCAGCUCUCGACUGUUGUAGUGAAGAAUCCAGGCGCGCUAACCAUAGGGAAACUCGAACGGAUCGGAUCCGUCGUGGCCAAACGCCAAGGUGUAGAUAUCAACAAAGGGGAAACAUUCCAGAAGAUCGCGUUUGCCAUCAUUUUCCUGGGGCUGAUUGGUUUGGGCACGGUUCAGAACCACAGCAGUGGUUAA